AUGUAUGUUGAGCAGUGUGAUAUUUGUCAAAGGAAUAAGUUUGAAGCCACAAAGCCUGCUGGAGUUUUGCAACCUUUGCCAAUUCCGGAGAAAAUACUAGAAGAUUGGACCAUGGAUUUCAUUGAGGGACUACCCUUGGCUGGUGGGGUAAAUGUCAUUAUGGUAGUGGUGGAUAGGUUGAGUAAAUAUGUCUAUUUCAUAACUCUUAAACACCCAUUUUCAGCUAAACAGGUUGCUAAGGUCUUCAUUGAUAGGGUGAUUGGGAAGCAUGGAAUCCCUAAGUCUAUUGUGUCGGAUCGUGACAAGGUUUUUCUAAGCAAUUUUUGGAAGGAAUUAUUUGCUAAGAUGGGAACCAUAUUAAAGAGAAAGUUUCGUCAUUUUGGUAUCAGAGCGUCGAUCACUGAGCAAAAGAUGGUGCACACAAGAAUUGAAGAAAGACUCGAUCAAAUGGAUCACGAGAUUUCCACGAUGAAGAAGGAAAUUAGCAAACUGCCGACGAUGGAAUCCAGCCUAAACGAGAUAUCGAAGAACCUGCUGAUAUUAAUGGAAACAAUUGCCGACAAAACAACGGAAUCCGCACACAAAUCUGCAACUGAUAAAGGAAAGGAGAAGGAAGCGUCGACGAGCAAAUCGACCGAAAUUACCCGAAACGCGGAGGAAGAGCGAGUUGACGGAAAAGCCGAUAACGAUGAACCAGCGACUGAUCGGAGCAAAUUCAAGAAGGUAGAAAUGCCGGUGUUCAGCGGAGAAGACCCAGAUUCAUGGCUAUUCCGAGCUGAAAGGUACUUCCAAAUUCAUAAACUUACUGAAUCCGAAAAAAUGCUAGUAUCUACUAUUAGUUUCGACGGCCCAGCACUUAAUUGGUACCGAUCGCAAGAAGAGAGGGAUAAGUUUCUAAGUUAG